AUGACUUCAUCAUUCCAAGCUAGCAAACAACUGUUAGAUAUACGUCAGCAACUGAACCAAAUAGACAAACAAUACAAGGAAGGAUUUAAAUUUGAAAACACACUGGAUUCUCCUGAUCUGGAAAAGAAAAUUGAGAGAAAGGAACCAAAUAUAUUUCAAACGAACGAUUUUGAGGACAUUGAAGCCAUGUUUUCAACAAUAAUAGACGAUUCUAAAGACAAUUACCAGCAUCUUCAUGAUCUGCCUCUUUCUGAAGAAUUACGUCACGCCAUCACAAACAUGGAGGAUAUUGAUGAUGUGGAUACGUUGAUCGGGGAUGUUAUCAGUUCAGUUCAAAUUGACCCAGUGUGUCCUGAGGAUCAUACAAUCGAGCAUUUUGUGUUCUGUUCAGAGAGUCAUCAGACUGAGGAAAGUAACCCGAGAAGUGUCGAACAGAAGUCAAUAAAUGACCUAUCGACCUCUAAACAAUAUGAGACACAAGACGAGAAAGCACUCUGGAAAAAAGAAAGGAUUAAAAAGGACAAUCAUAAUAUCAUUGAGAGAAGACGGCGAUAUAAUAUCAACGACAGGAUAAAAGAACUCGCUACUUUGCUGCCCUCGUCCAUCCAUCUGUCAAUGAAACUCAAUAAAGGUUCCAUAUUAAAAGCCUCUGUUGAGUAUGUUAAGAUGUUGAAGAAAGACAGAGAAAAACUGACAGAAUAUGAAGCACACCAGAAAGCUAUGGAGAAAAAAUACCAUAAAACGCUGAUAAGAAUGUUUCAACUUGAACUGAAGAUGCACUUAUAUGGACUGACAGAACAACUAGACUGCAUGCAAGUAAAGCAAAAGAAGAGACCGAGAAGGAGACUGAGCGAAAUCGAUGCGAUGUUUGAAGUAUUCAUGAUGCCGAGAGUAUCACCAAAUAUUAAAGCAAAUCCUCUCAUAGAAGAUUCACUUUUCAACGAAGAGGCAAAACCAAAGGUAUUUGGAGCUGAAGCGUUCAAACAAGGUGAAACUACCGCUGAAGCCAAAGAGGAAAAAUACGUAUCAAAACUACAACCAGAAAUGGUUCAAUUGGUUCAGAAUCCUUUAAUUUCUGACAACUCUGACUUAAGUCUAGAAAAAUGCAAUCUCUUCCUAGAUCUAUUUGGAAAUCAAACAACUUCAAAUAUAACUAUGGUUCAAAUUGACCCAAACCUGGCCGUACCUUCCACUCCCGUUCAACAACUAGAACCAAAGAAAGAGGACAUCUGUAUUUCUCCAGUGACGUCAACAACUAACAUGCUUGAGGCUUUACUUCGAAAGAAUGUAGAAGCAAUCUCUGUGUACUCUUCCUUGGAAAAUUCACUUAAAAGUUCAAUAUAA